AUGGCUAGAGUUUGGCUGGCGAUUGUUGCAUUUCUUGUGCUGGGAGUACUAACUUUAGCUAGUCCUGUGGUGCGUAAUCGCAGGAGCAGCAGCAGCGAAGAAUCGGACGGAUGCCAUGGCGUUGAAUGCGGAGGGUGCGAAGGAGGAGGAUGUGAAGGAGGUGAUGGAGAAGGUGCUGGAGCUGGAGGAAAAGUUGGAGGAGCCAGAGGCGGACAUACGGAUGAUGGAUACUGUGGAGAGAAUGGAGGAUGUGGUGAUGGUGACUAUGGUAACGGUAGAGUAGAAGCUGGAGGAAAGCUAGGAUGUGACCGCGGUGGCUGUGAUCAUGGAGGAGAUGGCGAUGGUGAAGGAGGCUGUGAUAGCAUCAAUGGAAAUGGUGGUAAUGGAUGCUAUGGUAACGCUGAUGGUGCUGGUAUUGGUGGCUGUAGUGGUAUAGGAGCAGGAUGCGAAGGUGAGGACAGCUCCGGCUCUGACUCUGGGUCCAGCUCUGCCAGUCAAGUUGGUACUAAAGGUCCCCACAUGCAUGACAUGGGUGGAGCUUAUAAUGUUGGUGGAGCUUUUCCAAGCGACCAUGAAACCAUCUACGUUCCUCACGCGUUUCCGGUCCCUGUACCUGCACCAAAGCCAUACCCUGUCCCCGUUCCCGUUCCGGUCCCACAAGCCCCCAAGGUGCAGUAUAAAGUGAUUGAAAAGCCUAUCUACAUACCGGUGUCCGUACCACGUGGUCGCGAUGAAGACGAUGGUGAUGACGACGGUGGUGAUGACGGUAAAGCGGAAGAAGGUGGUGAUGGUUUCGACAACGAUAAUGGUGGUGACGGUGGUGAGGGUGGUGACGACGGUGAUGGUGAAAAUGACGGUCAAGGCAGUCAGAGGAAUGGUGGUGGUGACGGCGGUAACGGGAAAGAAGACGUUGAUGGUGGUCAAACUGGUGACGGUGGUGACGGAGGUGAUGGCGAUGGUGAUGGUGGCAGAGACAAUGAAGGCGCUUAG